CCGCGCGGCCGCAGGAGCGCAGCGCCAGCGCCGCGCCGCCCAGCCCCGCCGAGAGGGGCGCACUCGCCGCCGCGGGGCCGGGCCGCUCGCCGCAGCCCCCUCCUGGCGACCCGCAAGUCCUCUGAAACAGUGAGUGACUAUAUGGUUUGUCCAUCGUUCUGCUAAUGAAGCUAAAUUACCAGUGGUGUUGACUACUGAUACCCUAUUCUGAAAUCAAGAGAAGACUCCACAAAUUACUGCAAUGUCUGUAUCUCAUCUAUCAUGGUUGAAGAAAAAGUCCCAGUCAGUGGAUAUUACUGCUCCAGGAUUCAGCCCUUUGGCUGGUGCAGGAAAGCAAACCCCGCAAACCAGUAAGCCCCCUGCACCCAAGACCCCCAUCAUUGAAGAAGAACAGAAUAAUGCAGCAAAUAUCGAGAAGCACCCUUCCCGAAGGAGUGAACUGAAGAGGUUCUACACCAUUGACACUGGCCAAAAGAAGACCCUAGACAAGAAAGAUGGGAGACGAAUGUCUUUUCAGAAGCCUAAAGGGGCUAUUGAAUAUACUGUUGAAUCAAGGGAUUCUUUGAACAGCAUAGCCCUGAAAUUUGAUACAACGCCCAAUGAACUUGUUCAGUUAAAUAAGUUAUUUUCCAGAGCAGUUGUUACUGGACAGGUUUUAUAUGUUCCUGAUCCCGAAUAUGUCUCCAGUGUUGAGAGCUCCCCAUCUCUAAGCCCCAUUAGUCCUCUGUCUCCAACAUCAUCAGAAACUGAAUUUGAUAAGACCACUAAUCCUGAUGUAAUCCACCGGAAAGAAGCAACUCCGUCAUCUAAUUUUACUGGUAUUCGAACUGCACGAGUUGUAUCAUCCACUUCUGAAGAGGAGGAAGCAUUUACUGAGAAAUUUCUUAAAAUUAAUUGCAAAUACAUCACCAGUGGCAAGGGUACAGUCAGUGGUGUGCUGCUAGUUACACCAAAUAAUAUAAUGUUUGAUCCACAUAAAACUGACCCCUUGGUUCAAGAGAAUGGCUGUGAGGAAUAUGGCAUCAUGUGUCCAAUGGAAGAGGUGAUGUCAGCCGCAAUGUACAAAGAAAUUUUGGAUAGCAAAAUAAAGGAAUCCUUAUCCAUAGAGAUAGAUCAGUUAUCAGUAAGAGAUAUCUGCCAUUUGAAGAAAAUGACAAGAAGUAAUACAGAUGAAAUAGACUCAAGAAUCUGUGAUGCAGGAAAUGAUAGUGCCAGCACUGCUCCCAGGAGCACUGAGGAGUCUCUUUCUGAAGAUGUGUUCACAGAAUCAGAACUCUCUCCUAUACGAGAGGAGCUUGUCUCUUCAGAUGAGCUGCGACAAGAUAAAUCUUCUGGUGCGUCAUCAGAAUCUGUGCAGACUGUCAAUCAGGCUGCAGCAGAAUGUUUGACAGUCAACUCAGAGUCUAUUAGUACUCCUGGUCACUUACAAUCCAAUACUGGACAUGAGGUUGGGACGUUAUCUCAUAAUACUGAUUUAAAUAAUCUUGAAAUGGCUAUAAAAGAAGGAGAUCAGGUUACAGAUAGUUUCCAAGAAACAUCAGGCCCUGAAGAACAAAGCGCAAGUAUAAAAGGUAGUACAGACCAGGAUUUUCUUCUCCCUGAGGAUUCACUACACCAAGGAGAGAAUGAAAAAGAAAGUAUGUUUUGUGGUGAGGUGACAGAAUUUAAACAAAAACAAAUUGUCAACAAAGGAAAACUAGGAAAAGAAGAAAAUCAGGAAUCAGAGACAGAGGUAGAAGAGCUCCGUAAACUCUGGAAAACCCAUACUAUGCAACAAACUAAACAGCAAAGGGAAAAUAUUCAACAGGUGUCACAAAAAGAAAUUAAGCAUAAAAUUGCAGCUGCUGAUGGACAUGUAGAAGGUUCUGUACUUUUAAAAGAAAAGAGAAGGCAUCGAUUACAUAAGUUCUUAUGUCUCAGAGUUGGAAAACCAAUGAGGAAAACAUUUGUAUCUCAAGCAAGUGCAACAAUGCAACAGUAUGCACAGAGAGAUAAGAAACAUGAGUAUUGGUUUGCUGUGCCACAAGAAAGGACAGACCACUUGUAUGCCUUCUUCAUUCAGUGGAGUCCAGAAAUAUAUGCAGAAGAUACUGGUGAAUACACUAGAGAACCUGGAUUUAUAGUAGUAAAAAAGAUUGAGGAGUCUGAAACAAGUGAAGAUUCUACUGAUGAUGCAGCUGCCAAAGAAUGGGAGGUAGUGUCAGUGGCUGAGUAUCACCGCAGGAUCGAUGCUCUAAAUACUGAAGAACUGCGCACACUCUGCAGACGUCUCCAGAUUACUACAAGGGAAAAUAUAAAUUCAAAGCAGAUUGCUCAAGUGAAAGCAGACCUGGAGUCUGAAUCUUUUCGACCAAACUUAAGUGAUCCUAGUGAACUCUUGCUGCCAGAUCAGAUUGAAAAGCUUACGAAGCAUCUUCCACCAAGAACAAUUGGCUAUCCAUGGACUCUUGUUUAUGGUACCGGAAAGCAUGGCACAAGCUUGAAGACCCUUUAUCGGACAAUGGCAGGUUUGGACACCCCAGUGCUGAUGGUUGUUAAAGACAGUGAUGGGCAGGUAUUUGGUGCACUGGCAUCUGAGCCAUUUAAAGUGAGUGACAGCUUUUAUGGUACCGGAGAGACCUUUGUUUUUACAUUCUGUCCAGAGUUUGAGGUUUUUAAGUGGACAGGAGAUAAUAUGUUCUUUAUCAAAGGAGACAUGGAUUCACUAGCUUUUGGUGGUGGUGGGGGAGAAUUUGCUCUUUGGCUUGAUGGAGAUCUCUACCAUGGAAGAAGCCAUUCUUGUAAAACAUUUGGGAAUCAUACACUUUCUAAGAAGGAAGAUUUCUUUAUCCAAGACAUUGAAAUCUGGGCUUUUGAAUAAAUGUAAUGCUCUCUGUCUUAGCAGGAUAAUGCCCCAAACCUGACAUGGACAAGCAUUGUUCGGAAAGUUCAAGAAGCAAUACGAUGUAACAUGUCAGUAGUGUUUUAAAAUUAUUCUAUACCACCAUUUGUUACAGCUAUAAUUUUAGAGUUUAUUUCUAAAAUCAUGUUUCUGUCCCAAAGUUCUUGAGGUUUAGACAGUGGCCUGGGUCCAUGCACUGUAUCAGCUUGGGCAUUAGAAUUUUGGCAGCAUUUUAAUCAUAGUGCCCACCUCAUCUACAGUCCAUGUUCUCAUUCUCCUUAUUGGAUGGUGCUCUUUUGUUGAACCUGUUUUGGUUUCUUACUUUUUAAACUAUAUUGAUUCUUUUACUAGAGCAGUCUGAUUAGGCCAUUAAGGGAAUGAACACUAGAUGCUGCUGCAUCACAUCGAGGGCGGCUGGCGCAGGUGAUGUAGGACAUGCUCAACUUAGUCAUUCUAAUGCAUACUCUGUAGGCCACUGAAUUCUAGUUUUCAUUCACGCUAUAACAUUCUCUUCAUUAAUUUUGAAGGUAUACUCAAUUUCAUUUUAACAAAAGUGAAAUUGAGAAUUCUGGUUCUAGUGAUCACAAUGCACAUAAUCUGCAGGUUUGGGCAUAUACUUUUAUCAUUGAAUUACCUGACAAAGACUUAUAAAAUGACAAAAGAGAAUGAGAACUUGAUUCCACUGGAUUUAAUAUAUUAAACAAGAAAAUAUAGUACUUAUGUAUUUGUAGCUUAGCAGGGCAUUGUAAGUACAAAAACUAUGAAACAGAUACAUAUUUCUUCAACAUAGUGUGUCAGAUAUACUGUUUUAUAGUUCUGUUGUUUUAGCCUUGUUGCACACAGACUCCCCAAAUAUAGGUUAUUCCUGUUCGAAAGGAAAAAAAUACCUUGUGAUAUUUUUUUAAUUGAGUGGUAUAUGUUAAUUACUAUUAGCAUUUGCUCUUACAAAAGGGCAGUGAUUAUAGUAGAAAAUAUUGUAACUCUGUAGACUCGUGGAAUAUGCAAACUUAACUGUCAAGUGACCUCAAAAAAUGAAAAGAUAGAAUACACUAGUAGUUCUUAUCCUCUUUUGUAGGAAAACCAGUAAUAAGCCAUUGUGGCAAUAAUUCACCAGUUAAUUUCAAAGCUUCAUGUUAUGCAAAAAAAAAAAAAAAAAAAAUCUUGCUGUUAUAUAUGUGACAGUGACUUUGUGCUGAAAUUUCAGCUAUUCCAGAUAAACAUUGUAUAUUAUAUUGUAAAUUAAUGUUUAAAGGUAGUUUUGUUCUUAUAGAAAGUGUUGAUUGCCAGGUUGCUUAUAGCACUUUAAAUUAUUCUAAAAAUGAAAUUAUAAGCCAAAUAUGUUGGCUUAAGUAGUUUUAGUUGUAUAGCACUUGAAUAUAUUUAAUUCUUUUGAAAGUUCAAAUAAUUAUCUAAAGGAAGCAUAAUGCUAAUGGGAAAAAUCUGAUGUUCUAUUAUAAUAUGCUAUUGCUGAAUAUGUAUAGUAUUACAGGGCAUCAUUUCCUUGUCUAUGUAAAGCUCUCUCAUUAUAAGUUAGUAACAGUAUAUAGAUUAAAUGUUUACAGUAUAGGAAAUUGUAAAUAAAUGUAUCAGUUUUUCCCCUUCGGUCUUCCACAGCAGUAUUAUUGUCUUUGUGGAGUUGACUAACCGUAAAAAUAUCCUGUAAUGGAUUUCAAUUAUAAUAAGGUCAUAGUGGUAUAUACCAAAUAAAAUUAAAUACUUAUAUACAGA